CCGGUCACUCAGUCAGUUUCCAUUGGACCAUCAUCUGAAUCGGAUCUACUUAGUUUGUUCCUUGUUAUAACAAUGGCGUUGCCAUUAGCUGUACUUUUGCUUGUAACUUUUCUGUUACUCUCUGUAUUCUACGUCAAACGACGAUAUUCGUACUGGGCUCGCCAGAAAGUGCCCUUUUCCGAACCGGAGUUUCCCUACGGCAGCUUCAAAGACAUCAACCGUAAAUCCCUGGCAGAUUUCUCCACGGAUCACUAUCGGCGCUGGCGGAGUACCGGAACCCGUUUCUUCGGAUCUUUUCUUUUUCUGGAACCUCUACUCACCAUCGUCGAUCUGGAUCUGAUUAAAACUGUGCUGAUCAAGGAUUUCAACUACUUUCCGGACCGGGGGGUGUUUCACAAUGCGAGAGAUGAUCCGCUGAGUGCGCAUCUGUUCGCAAUCGAGGGGAACCCGUGGCGAUCGUUGCGAACGCGACUGUCACCGACGUUUACCUCCGGAAAGAUGAAAGUUAUGUUUUCGACGCUGGCAGCGGUGGGUGAUAGCCUUUCCGAGUUUUUGGUGAACGAAGUUGGCUGUGGGAAAGAUAUGCAGAUCAAGGAUGUCAUGGCGCGAUUCACAACAGAUGUAAUCGGUAGUUGUGCCUUUGGGAUCGAGUGCAAUAGUUUCAAAGAACCGAACAGUGAGUUUAGAAAGUUUGGGCAACUCGUUUUUGAAACUCCAAGGCAUUCGCUAAUGAUGUCACUGUUUUUGAGGCUAUAUCCGGAUGCUGGGAAGAGACUUCGCAUAAAAUCGUUGCGCGACGAGUGUAGUGAAUUUUUCUACAAACUGGUCAAGAAUAUGAUGAACUAUAGAGAGAAGAACGAGAUCGAGAGGAAUGAUUUCCUGAAUAUGCUUAUUCAGUUGAGGAAAAAUGAAAAACAGCUGUCAGUGGAAGAAAUUGCGGCACAGUCGUUUAUUUUCUUUGCAGCCGGGUUCGAAACGUCGUCUUCCAAUCAAACUUUUUGUUUGUAUGAGUUGGCAUUGAAUCAAGAUUGUCAGGAAAAGGCUAGAAAGUGUGUGUUGGAUGCCAUUAAAAAAUAUGGUGGGUUAACAUACGAAGCGGUUUGUGAUAUGCCAUAUCUCGAUCAGUGUAUCAAUGAAAUUCUUCGUAUGUAUCCAUCCCUCUCCAUUUUGGAGAGGAAAGCUUUUCAAGACUACCACAUUCCCGACUCGAAUAUCGUGAUCCCGAAGGGUAUGAAGAUCAACAUUCCCGUGUUUGCAAUACACCGUGACGAACGGUACUAUCCGAAUCCUGACGUCUUUGAUCCCGACCGAUUCCGACCGGAGGAAAUGGCGAAACGACACCUGAGCACCUUUCUGCCGUUCGGUGAAGGACCCAGAAUCUGCAUUGGGCUGCGAUUCGGAAUGUUGCAGUCCCGGGUGGGACUGGCAACCAUUCUGAGCCGGUUUAAAGUCAGUCCUUGCGAGAAGACUCCUAUUCCGGUGGAGUUUUCCAAUACUGCGAUUGUUUUGCAACCGAAAGGAGCCGUGUGGUUGAAGGUUGAACCUUUAUAAAAUUAUACAGUCUCGAAUUUAAAUACAUAUAUUUAACUUGAAGAAA